AACAUGAACUUCGGCCUCAACCUGGCGGUCGGCAAUUGGUCUGUGCGUCACAGAUCAGCAAGGGAGUUUGUGGAGCAUGAAGGAGGGAACAUACUGAACACGCUGCUGGUAGUGCUGGAUGUGCCUCUCCUUAUCAAUGGCCUCUGUGAUCUCCUCCCUCUCGGACUGUUGAACACGCUCGUGAACGACGGCGGGCUGGACGAGCUCGGAGACGUCGGUGGUGUUCUGGUUAACGGUGGUUUGGUUGAGUCUGUCGGACAUGGUGGUGAUGGAGAGAGGUGGGACGGGCUGGGAACGCGGGCAUUCUUAUAGUGGUCACAAAGCACGGGCAAUCAAGGACAGCUGCCAAUCUUACUUGACGUCAUGCGAUGAGGUCAUCGGGUGCACCUUGCUCUUGCCCUGUUCUAGCCUACUCACCUCAGCAGGGACAGCGCGCGUGGGACAGUCCCUGCUAUCACGUGCUGCAAGUUCUGCGCACGCUAUAAAUUCGCCGCGAGUGCUCGUCGAAGCGCAAGACUCGUCCCACCCACCUCAACCUUCGUAUCACGGCUCAUCGUAUGUCCCGUCUGUUACAGUUGUUCGACGUACGUGUUGCUUUCACAGACCGGUCUGGUCAUCCCCUAUGAGGAACAAACAAUACAUUAUCAAGCUCAACAAUCAGAACAAUAAUGUUGACCUCCAUAUUUCUUCACUUUCUGAGGGAAUAUGACCAGACCUUUUCUGUGUAAUCGAUGCGGAUGUUAUUGAAAGUUGUGCUGUGAGGGAUUUGUCAUUGGUGACGGGUUUAGAUGUCAAUUGCUCGUGUUCUGAGCGAGUACUACAAAUACAUUACCACUAUCGUUGUCUGAAAAGCUGUC